UUCAUCAAAUCCCUAGCAGAGUCAACGUUGGCCUUCGCGGCUUUUUCUUCUUCUGUUUUACUUCCUCCCUCAAAUUUCUUCUCUGCCAAAAGAAGACACUCAUCAUCAACCAUGGCUCUUGGAUUAAUUGGUGGUGCUAUUCUGUCUUCUUUCCUCCAGGUGGCUUUUCAAAGUCUGGCUUCUCGUGAAGUGCUUGACUUCUUCCGAGGCAAGAGACUGGACGAGACGUUGCUGAAUAAGCUGAACAUCUGUUUCAUAUCUAUCAACGCUGGGAUUGAUGAUGCUGAGCAAAAGGAGAUCACCAAUCCAAACGUGAAAGCAUGGCUUAAUAAGGUCAAAGAUGCUGUUUAUGAUGCUGAGGAUGUCCUUGAUGAAAUUGACUACGAAGUGACGAAGCGCAUGGUGGAAGCUGAAUCCCAAUCUAAUACUAUGACACGCAAGGAAGGUAAAGCACGAUACGCCUCGAAAGCUACUCGCCACUUUUCAUACACAGAGAGCAUUUGGGUGAUUCUGCUAAAAAAUUUGAACGCAAUUUCAGGCACGAUUCAUGGGCUUGAUGGUGUUGUUGCUGUUGGUCCUGAAUUUUAUGGGAAUAAUUCUUGUACCGCUCCAUUUGCAUCCCUUGAGAUCCUGAGAUUUGAGGAAAUGAAGGGAUGGGAGGAAUGGAAUUGUGAAGAUGUAGAUAGUGCUUUCCCAUGCCUGCACGAGUUUUAUUUAGAAGGAUGUUCCAAGUUGAGAGAGCUGCAUAUUCCGGCACAACUUCCUUUUUUAACAAAGCUAGUCAUCGUUAAUUGCGAGCAGCUUGUGGCUUCACUUUUGCAGGCUCCAUCUAUUCAUGAAUUGGUCCUUGAAAAUGGCGGAAAGGUGCAGUUGGAAUGCCUUCCAUCAACUCUAAAAGUUUUACGCAUCGGUGAACCCUUCACAGAAUGCUUUUCAGUUGAAAAGUUUGAGAAUAUGAUUGCGGAUACUUGCCUAGAAGAAUUGCGCAUUUCUAACUGGGCUUCUCUGGAAUUCCCAUUGAUGCAUGGUCAUAACUUUCUUCAAGAAUUGCGGAUAGAAAGUUGUGACUCCCUUAGCAUGUUCCCGCUUGAUUUAUUCCCUAAGCUUCGGAUGCUGCAAUUAAGGGGAUGUGGUAAGCUUGAAACUGUGUCAAUUGUUGAGAAGCACAAUAAUCAACUCACUUCCCUUGCGUUUUUGGAAAUCAUUGAUCGCCAUAAAUUUGCAUCAUUUCCAAAAGGAGGAUUUUCUGCCCCCAAAUUGGAUCAUUUUUUGGUUGAAGAUCUAAAGAGUUUAAAAUCAUUUCCAGCGCAUAUGCACAUCCUCUUUCCAGCGUUGGAAGUUCUACACAUAACGGGCUGUCCACAAGUGGAAUCAUUUUCUGGGAGUGGUUUGCCAAGAAAUCUGAAAGGUCUUGUUAUCGGUAGUAGCCCGAAACUCACGGCCUCUCGAAUGGAGUGGGGAUUGCAUAAUCAUACUUGCCUACAAUGGUUGACCAUUCAAGAUGAAGCUGCUGAAUGUCUCCCUGAUGCAGACUUAUUGCCAUCUACUCUUACUGAACUUUAUUUUAAGGACUGUUUAAAUCUUAGAACUCUGGAUUAUAAAGGUCUUCGUUACUUGUCGACUUUGCGGAAGUUGCAUCUGAUUGGAUGUGAUAAACUCCAAUGCUUCCCGAAGGAGGGUUUGCCCAGUUCCAUCCAUUCUCUACGUAUUUGGGGAAGUGCAAAGCUUAAAAGGCAGUGCCAAAAUCAGAAAGGGCCUUCUACGUCAAAUUGGCUAGCCACUCAUCAGGAUGAUGCAUUUCAAGAUACUUGUGUUGCACUUGGCAUUAUUAGAUCAGUGUCUCCCUACAAAUGUGGUUCUGGACAACUAAGAUUAAGGGAAUAAGGUUUCAUCAUUCCUUACUACUUCAGCUCUUACCUCAAGGUGAUGGCGGCCCAGGUUUGUUGGCGCAGUGGAACCAUUUAAAAGGAAUCACUUGGCAUAAAGAAAUAAAAGCUUGAAGCUUCAACAAAACUGAAAUGUCUUAAGGAAAACAAGACAAAAUCUAUAGAUUUCAACCAUAUUAUGAGUCUUAAACCAAUUGGUUGUCAAUUACUUUCCAUAUUGGCGGCAGAAGAAAUGUCCAUCCAACCCUCUCUAAUUGUAUCUAUCAUAUCAAGAUUCUUGGAGAAAUAUUUGGGGAGCUUGACAAUGGGGAGAACAAGAGCAAGGUACAACCCAACGUCUUUGGACACAACCUCAGUCACCUUUUCUUCCAUUGACGAGCUCUCAUAAAUGGUCUAUUCAUUUCACCUUUUUCUCUUCACGUCUGGAGGUGUAAUCCUUUGCUCAUUGAUCCUGAUAUGGGAGCAGAGGAGAAGGAAUCCCAGCUUACUGAUUGGUGAUGAUCAGAGUCACAAACCAUCAGAGAUGGGAACUAAUUCUGAAUUGCCAAGCAAAGUACUAGCUAAGAUCGAAGAGUAUGCUGGAGCAUUGCAAUAGAUAAACUACUGUAAGGAACUGCAAGGAAUUGCUUAACUUAAAGGCUCACUUACCCUCUCUUUUUGCUGCACAAAAGUACAGGAGACUAAAAUUUUCCUCAAGGACCCAAAUUCUACUCUCUUCCCUGAAAUUUGAUUCCCAAGGAACCAAAUUGCUACCAACCAAACCAAGGAAUUUUCUCUUUCCUCUUCCUUCUCCUUUUCUCAAACCCAAAUUCCAGUGAACCAAAUAGGACCUAAGAUAAAAUAGCAGUAUGUGUUUUCUUAGUCGUCAUUUAUUCAAGCAUGUAAUUACAGGUCAAUAUAUUUCUCGGUAAAAAACGAAACACCAGAGGAGAUAGGGCAGAACAUGAGUGCAAACCUAAUAUGCUCUGAAGGAAAAUAGAUUACUGAUGAAAGUGGAAUCCGAGCCUCCAAAUGGUCCUUUAUGGGGAUGAAAUACCAAAAUUGGUUUGAAGGAAAAUGAAAUCCUGUUUUUACAUGAGAGAGCCAAGCCACCCCACUGGACUGCCUAGAUAUAAAAUCCCAUCAAGCAAUGAAGCUGACAAAGCGCAUCCUGAGCUGCUAAAAUCCAUCUUUUUACUGAAUCUUGACAAUCCUGGAGAAUGGAGAUUGUGCUAUUUUGGUACAACAUGCUAAAAUUACAUUCCUGUCCAUGUUAAUACUAUUGUUGUGUACAGUGUACCCUAGGAUAACUAUUUACAAUAUGUUUGAGAUUCCAUUAGCCACUUCUAUGCUGUCACAUACAAAAUUAGAAAAUGGCAUGUUGAAAGCUUUCACGGGAC